UGGAAACCGGGACACUGAUGUAUUCACCUGCUGCAGUGCAGGGGGUUUGUUUAUCCAGAACAAUCAACAAACAUUUGACUUUUACUCACUCUGAUUUACAAAACCAGAAUGGAACAAUUUCGUGGUGCGGGAGACAAAGCAACACUCGUUAAAAUAACAGUACUUCGUGGAAAUAACCUGAGGGGCAACAAAGCUGAGUCCAUCCUGAACUAUGUGAGGGCUGAGUUCAAUGGCAUCGGCCUGGGAGAUUCCCAGAAGCUGGAUGCUGCUGUGGAUCAGGGCGUGGACUACAACUUCACCUGCAGCUUUGAGUGCUCAGAUGCUGCCCACACAUUAGAUGACAUGGCACACAAACCUGUCAUAUUGACUGUGAUUGAGGUCCUUCCCAAGGAGAAGAAGCAGAAGGAGGAGAAGACUGCAGUUAUAGGGCAAGCUAUAGUGGACUUGCUACCUCUCUUGCAUGGUCAGGUCAGCUUCUCCUCCACUGUGCUACUUCAUCCAACUCCUGGCUCACCUGCGGAGGCAGCCUCACAGGAGGGCAGCUGUAAAGUAGGAGUAAAAACUAACCAGCACGAGAGACUUUGUGUGUGUGUGUGUGUGUGUGUGUGUGUGUGUGUGUGUGUGUGUGUGUGUGUGUGUGUGUGUGUGCCUCUGCUAUCCGGCGUCCAGCUGUCUGACUCCAACCUGCUGAAGGUUACUGUGGAGACAGCUUACUCUGUCCCGGAGGUGUGGAACCCUGUCUCUGGGUUUGGUCCUCCCUCCAGCUACGUGGCUGCCCUGCAGGUUCCCCUCACUGCAGAGAAAGAGCAGGUGCUGAUGUUCUCCAAUGGGCUGCUGAAGGUGGGCGGGGAGAGUGAACCCAUGGGAAGACGCAGGAAGUGGCCCCUGGGUCCCCUGUUGGCUCCUGGAGCUCAAUUCAUACCAGGUGUCUCCAUGGAGGGAGAGCCCAUUGAGAUGGAGGAUGGGGAUCUCACCAGCAUAGAGUGGUUUGACCAAAACAUUCUGUGUAAUGUAUGGAUCUCUUCCCCUCAUCUCUUCCUGUGUUUCCGGAAAGAAGCGGAGACCAAUAAGAAGAGAGUGAGCUGGGACACAGAGCGUUGUUGCUUUCUGGAUGCAGAUGGUGCAGCCUGUCUGACCCGUAGGAUAGCAGAAAGCAGACUGUGGCCAGUAGAGGUCAUGAGGUCACCACAGGUUGGAGCCACUAAGGGAGGGAAGGCUGGCAAAGACAAGGGAGGUGAGGAUGAGACUCAACUCUCCUUCCAUGGAGUGGCAUACGUGGACAUGGCGCCCCUGUUGUACCCCGGGGCGAGGCGUGUCCGUGGGGCGUACCAGCUCUACCCCUUCUACGACUCUGACCUACUGGUCAAGGCUAAGAGAAACAUCAGUGUUCUGAGAGAGAGUAUCAGGGCUCCGGCCACCCAGGGCCGAGGUAGGGCCCCCUCCUCCGUAGGCUCCUGCAAGGCGGUCCCUAGUAAGAUGUUUGACGGCGGUCACAAGGGCGGGAAGGACACCAAGGAUUCGCCCAAAAGGAACACAUUGGAGAACAAGAAGGGUGAUGGAGCUCCUUUGCCUCGCAGACCUGCUGGAGCAGAGAGAGCUGUGCAGGAGUACCAGGCCCAGAUAGCCAGUGUGGCAGGCCAGGUGUUGGAGCAGUACCAGCAACUGUUCGGGCCUGCCUUCCUGCCCGGAGAGAAGCCUCUGGACCCAACCAGCCAGGAGCAGCGCAAGACCAAGCUCCUGGGAGAACUAAACUAUUCUGGGAAGUACUUUGCUUUCAAGGAGCAGAUUAAGUACUCUGUGGUGCGUAUCGUGAGGGAGAAGAUGCUGCGGACCGAGGCCUUCUCAGAUCCUGAGGAGCUGCAGGCCUUCCUCAGCCAGCUCUAUGUGUUCCUGGUGGUCGAGAUGCACGUCGCCCUCAACAAGUCUCAGUUGUCAGUGGAUGCCCAGGAGACUCAGCCUCACCCCCUGGUGGACGGUGCCCAGCUCAUCCACUUUGCCAAGGAGGCCCAGCUCAACGGGGACUACCAGCUAGCUGCCCAGUACUACCAGGAGAUAACAGAGUGUUGGAGGGGAUCAUUUUGGCAGCUGACACGUGACCGUAGCGACCCAGCCCACUGGUUUGACUAUGGGGUGUUGUACAUGCUGAUGGCUGACUACCAGAAGGCUGAGGAGUGCUUCCACUACGCUUCUCUGUCUGUCUGCAGUUUGCUUAUGUGUGGUAUCCUGGCAGAGAUGGGUGGACGCCUUGAGGAGGCAGAGACAUUCUUUGAAGGAGCCACGUGUGUGGACCCGGCCAAUGUGGUGGCCUGGACUCUGUUCGGCCUGUUCUAUGAGGGCCAGGAGAACUCCAUCCAGACAGUGAUGGCCUUCCUGGAGGCCACCAAGCAGCAGAGGGCAGCCCUGGUGGUCACCCCACCCUGCAGGGUGGAGACAAGCGUGGAGUCACCAGACCUGGGGGAGGAGGAGCAGGAGGUGGUGAACUGUGAGUCGCUCACCAUCAAGCCAGACGUGGAUGGAGACACAGAAGCCAGUGUGGUGACCGGGUCUCAGAGCUGCCAGGACAGCAAGCCUGGGGAGGGAUACAAGGGUGGUGCUGAGGCUGAACCUAGUGCCAUGCGACACCUAGCAACCCCCACCAGACUAAACACCACCAUCUAUAUGGAGACAGUGCAGUUCCUGCUGCAGAACAACGCACUACAGAUGGCCCAGAGAGCGCUGGCCCAGGAGCUCUUGUGCCCAGAGGGGGGUCUGAGCAGCUCCUACCACCUGGCCCUGGCCCGCCUGCAGCUGCUCAGGGCAGAGUACGGCAGCGCCGAGUCCAGCCUGAAGGAGGCGCUCCAUGACAGCUUUUAGUUUCAGAGGGCGAAAACGACUUACCUGCGCGCCUGCAAGAGCUCCCCCUCCUGCCUCACCUGGCUGGGACUAGGGAUCGCCUGUUACCGGACGGGCAGAAGACUUGAGGCAGAGCAGUCCUACAAAUACGCCCUGAAGUUGAACCUACAGAAAGAGGCAGUUCUUCGUGAGAUCAAGGCACUCCAAGAUCAUGUUGGCUUUGGAAAUCCAUGUUUCUGAAGAAUAACUGCCGGCACCAUCAAUGAUUUAGAUUAAAAAACAAAGAUGAAUUGUAAUUCUGGUUGGUAAAUACCUAAUGGUUGGCAUUGCAAAGGGACUGUGAAUUGUGGAAGGAAUUACACAUCAAUGACUUGUACACUUGUCACCAUCUUCAGCUAUAUCUGAUUAAAAGUUGUUACUUUUGCAUAAUGUAGGAUAUAAUAUUGUGACACAACAAAGAUGUGCCGAUCCAGAGAGAGUAUCUGUCCAGAGGUGGAAAAAGUACUAGUUUGUCAUACUUGAAUUAAAGUAAAGAAACUUUGAUGAAAAUUACUCAAGUAAAAGUGAAAGUCACCCAGUAAAAUAUUGCUUUAGUAAAAGUCUACAAGUA